CAACAUCAGGUGUUCUGUGCUCCCGAUAAAACAAAGUGCAGUGUGAAGAGAAUUGUAUCAAGUCUAUAAGAACUAACAAGAAGAGGGGAAGAAGAUGGUAGGAUCUGUUGUCAUCUUUCUCGUGUUGAGUUUAAUACAGAUUUGUUACGGCUCACAAUGCCAGAGACGAGUUUGUUACUAUACCAACUGGUCGCAGUACAGAAGCGGCGUGGGGAAAUUCUUACCGGAGGACAUCGACCCUUUUCUGUGCACCCAUCUCAUCUUCGCCUUUGCCAAAGUGAAAAACAGCAAGAUAGAAGCCGUAGAAUGGAACGAUGAGGAUACGGACGUGACCAAGGGGCUUUAUUCAAGGUUAAAUAAAUUAAAAGAGGCCAAUCCAGAACUGAAGACGCUGCUGGCUGUGGGUGGCGCCUCUGCAGGGUCCACCCCGUUUACUGAAAUGGUGGCGACGGCAGAGACUCGAAGAAGUUUUGUUGAGACAAGCAUUGUGUAUUUACGUCAGCGCAAUUUUGAUGGCUUAGAUCUAGACUGGGAGUAUCCAGGGAACUCGGGUCUCCCUGAAGAUAAACAUAGGUUUACACUGCUGGUGCAGGAACUUGCAGCCGCUUUUGAAAACGAAAGUAGAACAAGUGGUAGGCCUCGGUUGAUUCUGUCUGCCGCUGUAGCCAGUGGGAAGGAAAACAUCGAUGCUGGUUAUGAGGUCAGAGAGAUCGCUGAGUCCCUGGAUAUGAUCAACUUGAUGUCGUAUGACUUUCAUGGCUCGUGGGAGUCUGUGACUGGACACAACAGUCCACUCUACAGCCGUACUGGAGAAACUGGACCUGCGAUCAACUACAACACUGACUUUGCCGCCAAAUACUGGGUUGAACUUGGCACUCCUAAAGCCAAAUUAAACAUUGGUUUGGCUACCUAUGGGCGUACAUUUAUAUUGAGCGACGAAAGAAGGAACAGUGUAGGCGACCCAGCAAGCGGACCAGGAGCAGCUGGUGCUUUUACCUCGGAGCUUGGUUUUUUGGCUUUCUAUGAGAUCUGCCCUUUGAUUUCAGCCGGUGCUGUUGUCAGAAACAUAUCAGACCAACAGGUACCAUACUUAACGUUUAAUCUACUCUGGGCGGGAUACGACGAUGUGGCCAGCCUACGAAACAAGGUCCAGUUCAUCAAGAGGAACGGUUAUGGUGGUACGAUGAUCUGGUCCCUAGAUUCUGAUGACAUUCGAGGCACUUCUUGCGGUGCUGGAACCUUCCCUUUGACACGAGCUGUGGCUGAAGAGUGUGACGUUUCUGACGACACAACUACGUUCAAACCACAAGAUAUAACAGAGACUACGCCAUCAGCUGAGCCAACGAGCGCAACCACAGCUGAGCCAACCGAUGCACCUACAGCUGAGCCAACCGAUGCACCUACAGCUGAGCCAACAAAUGCACCUACAGCUGAGCCAACAAAUGCACCUACAGCUGAGCCAACCAAUGCACCUACAGCUGAGCCAACAAAUGCACCUACAGCUGCGCCAACGAAUGCACCUACAGAUGCGCCAACGAAUGCACCUACAGAUGCGCCAACGAAUGCACCUACAGAUGCGCCAACGAAUGCACCUACAGAUGCGCCAACGAAUGCACCUACAGAUGCGCCAACGAAUGCACCUACAGAUGCGCCAACGAAUGCACCUACAGAUGCGCCAACGAAUGCACCUUCAGAUGCGCCAACGAAUGCACCUACAGCAGCGCCAACGAAUGCACCUACAGCUGCGCCGGUAACGACAGAAAGACCAACAUCUUCUGCGAAAAUUAAUUCUGACUCAAUGUGUAGCGAUCUCGGACUCUCCGAUGGCAAUUAUGCUGACCCCAACUCGUGCAGUACUUUCAUUAGUUGCUCUGGUCUAGUGACUUAUAUCAUGCCAUGCCCAGCUGGACUUGUGUACAACGUCAAGUAUGAUUACUGCGACUGGUCCUACAACGUACCAGAGUGCUCUGUCUAGCAUAGAGGAGAGAGUUGUCUAUCUUAAAGUUUAGCUUUCAUUGAGUAUACAGCAUUGCACGAUAUAUGUCUUCUUCACCUUUUGUAAUGGAGUUUCAAUGUCAUUUAACUGGCUGCAGUGUGUCUAGUUGUUAAGGAAUGUGUGUGUGUGUGUUAUAUGGUGACGGUGGGAAGAGGUUAGCAAUCGGUUGUCAAUGAUGCAACCAGAGGCGGCCUUAGCAGAGGGCGACGUCCUGGGCGAGUGUCAUAUGCGGGAUUCAUUUAUAUAGCUAAUAGUUGUCCCUUUACCUUCGCAGAUCCGACUUUUGCUGAAGGGCUAUACCACUGGUUUCCCAAAAAAAAAAAAUGAAAAAAAAAUACUUUUGCGUUUUUAUUUAUUUAUUUUCCUGUUUAGUGAAAAAAAUAAUUACGUCAUCGCCAAACUUUCUGGAUGCUGAUUGGUCCAAAUAACCUUUAACACAUUAACUGGUUCAAUAGAGGCCAAUCGUUAUAGCAGGCCUCAACACUGACCUGCGACGUCACAACCUGUGUAGACCAAUAACUAUCUGCCCCGUCAAGGAUGGCUGCCUGGUCGUGCGGUUUGCGCGCUGGACUGUCGUUCGGAUUUAUCGAUGGUCGAGGGUUCAAACCCUGCCCGCUCCCAUCCCCCGUCGUCCUGCGGGAGGUUUGGACUAGGAAGUAAACUAUCUUCAACUCUGAAGGAACAUCCGAAACAUGUAAAACAUUUUACAAACAAGGUCGUGUAUUCAGAAACACUUGGCAUGUAUAGGUUAUUAAGAAAAUGCGGAAUAGUUAUUCAGGGGAUUCAAGUGUUAGGGGAUGUCUUGUGAUACUGUUCGGAUCCGAAAAUAGUGUACGUAUCCGAAAUUAAGUACUGCGGAAAUUUUAAUUUCGCAUGCUGUGUGGAGAUGCAUCUCCCUCUAAAGCCAAGAAAACACAAGGUCUAUAUUUCUGUAUUAAUUCUUAUCAGCUUUUCAAAAGUUGCAUUAUGUUACAGCAAUAUAAAUGACAUAUGACUAUUUGGUGUAGAAAUAAAUACAGCCAUAAAGAAAUUCCAAACUUUAUCGCUACGCGUUUUCAUAUUCAAAUCCGAUUGGAUUUCAUUUAUGUACGAAAUAAACGAUGUUAAUUGGUCCCUUCCUGCUGCUUGUUUUUAUUGGUGCCAAGGCGAAUUGUUUUUGAAACCAAAAAUGUCACAUUAAGAGCUUGCAUUGUAAUUAGUAUCAUAGAGAUGAUGGAGAGGCUUCCAAAAUAUUGAGUAAUGAGAACUGAUCUGGAUUGCGAAGCUAAAGGUGAAUAAGAAAUCUACUAUUGCAGGGGCCCCCCUCGGGCGUGGGGCCUGGGACGGUUUCCCCAAUUGCCACCCCCUUUGGCCGCUACUGGAUGCAACAUAGGUGCCAUUGUCGUCACUUAGUCUUAGUAAUAAACGUAAGACUGAAAUGUUGUGUUAUUGUAGUGAGAUUUUGUUAAAGAAUAUUAUUACUAAAUUCUACUACAUUUAUUUCUUGCGAUCUUAAGUUGAUUCUGUCGAUAUUAUAAAUAAAAUGUUAUUUAGUUUGUUCACAAAAGGAAGUUAUUAAAAUUAUUUGACGUUU